CAUUUUUAAGUUUGCUUGCCGUACAUUAACCGAGAAAUAAAUUUCCAAAACGUUUAAAAAUGUAAUCGUUGUGAAGUAAUCAAAGAGGUAGACCAGCAAUAAUCACAGUGGUACGCGGCAUGAAAGACACGUGGUUUGAUUAAAUCCGUAAUGGGUUAUAGAUAUUUGGAUCUGUUUGAAACUAUAAUUUAAUAUGGGGCAAAUGAGAAAUAAUGAAACUAUAUGUUGCUAUCUUAUAAAAUUGUAUUAUUUUCCCUGCGUCGCGGACCUUCUCAAAGCUUCCUCUACCACUAAAAUUCUCCAACUCAAACAAAUCUUCGAUCGCUGAAGCAAAAGUUCUUACAACAGGAGAAAUUGAGACACUCACUUCACUUUGCUCAGUUGUUGAAGUCGGUCAAGCAACAUAGAGAUAUCACAUAGAUCUUAAUCUCAUGCGGCGUUUUCCGGCUCUUGUAGACAAGCUCAAACCAAUCUUCCCGGUUUCAGGAUCAAAUGGUAAAGUGGUGAGAACCAUAGUACCGAAGAAACAUGGGAACGAGAACAUUAGCGAAAGAGAAGCACUGAAGAAAAUGGAGGAAACGGUAGAGCCAAUGGUUGCCUUCAGUAGACCACCGCCAUUUUCACCGUUUGUGGGUCCAUUGGUCAUGUAUUCCCUUCUUCAGACAUGGUCUAACCGUGAAGAAGACAGCUAGGUGCAGCGCUUGGACUUACACAUAUAUCAUGAGCUGAUGAAGUACGCUGAAGUUUUCUUAUAAAGUAUCUCUUAAAUCUUCUCUGAUAGAUAAAUAACUGAGUCGUUAGCAUAAACUUGUAAGAUGUUUAGAGAUAAUGAACGUUUGAUGUUGUUAAUAGUAAGUAAAUCGAUCACUUGGUUUUGUUUUUUCAUAAGGAGCUCAGUGUGUACUAUGUGAGUUAUAUAGUUGAUCACUGAUCACUGAUCAAAUGAGUUUUGUAGUAAAGUCGUUAAUAUAUGAGCUUAAUGGGCUUGGCCAAAUUUGAUUCAUCAAACAUUGUCCUAAAGUGUAUUUUUUAAAAAUAAAAAUAGAAGGCAAU